AUGUCCCAUUCUGCCUUUGAUUCAACCUCAUCUUCAGAAUCUCUUUUACCCAGUGGCGACCGUUCCACUGCUUCAACUUCUCCACCAACCUCGUUAGACUAUUCUUACGAGAAUCGGUCGUCCAAGCACAAAGCCUACGGCGACUCUAUCCGAUUGCCGCGCAUCCAAGUGCCGGGUGAUUUCUCAGAACCCCAUCGUGGUCUCCAGGGACACAAGGUCCUUGGCGGCAAUCACAUUUCUUCUUCUCCCCAGAGCCUUGGUAUGCGAUCGGGCGAACCUCUUCCACCCUCAGCCUCUGCCAUCUUUCCACCAGCUCACUGGGACCGAUCGGGAGCCUACCUCGACCCCAACGACUACAGUCGACGUUCGUCUUCCAGCAGCUCCGAUAGUAGCAUGCACCCUUUUGACCGUAGCAUGGCAUACGCUGACAUUAACGGAAUGACUAAACGUCCAGGCAAAGACGGUGGCUCCGGCGCCAUCACCAUUGGCGGCAAGAAGCGUUACCCAUGCCAACACCCUGGCUGUGACAAGACCUUCUCCACCAGCGGUCACGCAGCGCGUCACAACCGCAUCCACACUGGUCAGAAGCCCUACCGCUGCACCUUCCCCGGCUGCAAGGCUCGCUUCUCUCGCCAGGACAACAGCCUGCAACACUACCGCACCCACAUCCUGCACCCAAAGGGCCGUGCAUCGCAAUCCGCACAAGCUCGCGAUGCAGCCGCCCAGCUCGAGCUCGACCACCUCGACCUCGACGCCGCCGAUGCUGAAGCAGAAGCCAAGGCUGAGCUUGGUCGUCGUGCCCUCGAGGACGGUACCGCCAUUGCUGUCGUUCACGAGGUCAAGGACCAGCAUGGCCGCAAGAAAGGCGAGACCAUCGAGAGGAUGGUGGGUAUGCCCCGCAGCCGACGCGAGUCUCUUCGUGGUGGUGCUCUCGACGAUGACCGCAGCACCUCACCUUCCUCGAUAGAUGACCCUCGCAUGAACAGAGAGUCCAGCCUUCCAGGUGUCGGCCUUGAUCCAGCCCACUACGAGACACCCGGUGACUACUGGUCAUCGCAGAUGGCCAAGCAGGGUCGCCUCUCGUUGCCCCACCAGGCCAUGGCCUACGAUCCCCGCUAUCGUGACCCCGCCCCGCCUGCGCCUUAUGGUCGUGAAGUGGCACCUGGUGUCAACGGUGCUUACCCUGGCACUGUCCCUCCUGCCGCCUGGGCCCAGGCUCAGCCCGCUUACAUUGACCCUCGCUUUGCACCAGGCUACUCUCGCUCCACCGCCGUCUCGGUGUCGCCUCAUUGCCAGAGCGUGUACGAGCCUUCGUCGCGUAUGGCAUCGGCUUCGUUGGACCCUGAGUUAGCGGGAUCCAUGGGCCGAUCGGAGGAUGCUGACUACCACCGUCGUAGCAACUCAACCAGCAGCAGUCAGCGUGACCGAGUUCCGCCCAGCGUCGCAAAUUUGCCUCCACCGCUGCCUCCCGCAUCACGCGCCGCUCAUGCAGCAUCGGCUCCCGUCUCCGGUGUUCCCUCAGCACGAUCAUCGCAGAGCCCCAAGUCCAGCCCUACCUCCAGCGCUUACUCGGUGCCCGAAGGUAUCGCUGCAUCAGCUCUUGACAAGCUCAGCGCAGCUGCUGCAUCUAGCAGCCCAGCUACAGCCUUGUCUGCACGAGGACGACUCAGCGGUGCCUCUUCCAUGUCAACACCAGCCUACCAGCACCCAUACAGCUCGGACCGCUCCACCAACUACGCCUCUUCCUCGCUACCUCCCAUCUCAUCUGCACGGGACCGUAGCAGCGAAGACACAAUGGAUCUUGACCGCAAGACCAUGUCUUCUAGUUUGCGAAGCUGUCUCGCAGCGGACCCCAAAAUUACCUUGCCGCCUCUCAAUCCUCCCGCUGCUCGUCGGCGGUGA